UGGGCCCUAAAAGGCCACACCCUAUGGCGCCACUUUGAUAUUUUCCCUGCCGAACACCGCUUCCCUUCUCCGCCCGUCUCCACCUCUCCAUCGACACAAUCCGGAUGGCAGGCUAUCCUCCGGGCUCCGGUUACCCACCCUACGGCGCACCACCGGGAAAUCCCUAUGGCGCUCCCCCGUCUUACGGCAUUGCGCAGCCACCUUACGCCUCCACCCUGCCCUACGGUGCUCCCGCUCCCACGCCGUCGGCACCGCCGGCCGAAGUGAAGCCCCCGAAGGAAGGUAAGGCACAGGGAUACGGGGGCUACGGGCAGCCUUCUGGGUGCUAUGGCCAUCCCCCUCCGGCCGCGUCAGCACCGCCUCCUCCUUUGGGGUCGUACGGCGCCGGCCCGUUCGCGGCUCUGCUGCCAUCGGUGUUUCCUCCGGGGACGGACCCGAACGUGGUGGCGUGCUUCCAGGCUGCGGAUCGGGACGGCAGCGGGUUCAUCGAUGACAAGGAGCUGCAGCAGGCGCUGUCGUCCUACAACCAGAGCUUCAGCUUGAGGACCGUCCAUCUCCUCAUGUACCUCUUCACCUCCUCCAAUGUGCGCAAGAUUGGGCCAAAAGAGUUCUCCGCUGUCUUCUACAGCCUGCAGAAUUGGAGGGCUAUCUUUGAGAGGUUUGACCGUGACCGGAGUGGUAAGAUUGAUACAUCAGAGCUUCGUGAGGCACUUCUGAGCCUUGGGUUUGUGGUUUCUCCGACAGUUCUGGAUUUGCUUGUGGCCAAGUUUGACAAGUCCGGAGGCAAAAGCAAAGCCAUUGAAUACGAUAACUUCAUAGAGUGCUGCCUCACGGUCAAGGGGCUGACGGAGAAGUUCAAGGAGAAGGAUACUCAAUAUUCAGGAUCGGCAACUUUCACCUAUGAGUCUUUCAUGUUAACCGUGUUGCCCUUUCUCAUCGCAUAGGGGUGAUGGCCUUGGUUUCUCCUUGAGAUUGUGUGACAUCACAAUUGUUGCUUGGUGAUAGGCUAUAUUCUAAGCCUAAUGCUUCUAUUAACGUGGGUUGUCUGUCGAACAUCAAGAGAACCCAUUUACCGUGUUGCCCUUUCUCAUCGCAUAGGGGUGAUGGCCUUGGUUUCUCCUUGAGAUUGUGUGACAUCACAAUUGUUGCUUGGUGAUAGGCUAUAUUCUAAGCCUAAUGCUUCUAUUAACGUGGGUUGUCUGUGGAACAUCAAGAGAACCCAUUUUGCCAGUGUUGCUAGGGAGAUUUCAAACAUGAUGGGCUUGUCGGGCUCAUGUAGGAUCGAAGGAGUAAUGUGAAUGUGGAUUGACUGCUAAAUAUAGACAGAAUCGUUUGUGCUUUUACUUUUGUGCGAAUUACUGGUGUAAUAAAUAAAAGGUAGUAGUGCCAGUUACCGA